ACUUACGAUGACUUUCUGACCUACAAAUCCGGUGUCUAUCAUCACGUGGGCGGAGGUGUGCCCGGCGGACACGCCGUGAAGAUCAUUGGAUGGGGUGUGGAGUCGGGAGUGGACUACUGGCUGGUGGCCAACUCAUGGAACCCCGAUUGGGGCCAAAAGGGUCUCUUUAAGAUCCGUCGGGGUAAUGAUGAGUGCAGUUUUGAGAGCGACAUUAGCGCCGGUUUACCCAAACUCUAG